CCAACCCCGGAAGCGCCCUCGUUAGUGGCCGCUGUCCAUUAGAGCGAUGUGUUGCCGUUACUGCUGCGGUAAAGGAGCUGAGGUUUUGCUGAAACUUGACAUCAAAUGUUUAACAAAGAAGACCGCAACAAAAUAAAUUAGGAAUACUAAGGUGAUGAUCUACAUGUCAGUCUGCAUUCGUAUUCCAUCCUCAGUGCUGGUUCAGGAGGUUUACAAAACAUCAUGCUAUUGUGAAGAGCAAAGCUAUUAGACCAGGAUGCAGUCUUCGAAUCACCGACUGCGGGAUAUGGAGCAGCACCACCCACUGCUGUCGGCAGGUGCAGAUGUGGAGACGGGAAGCCUGGCAGCCGGGGUUAUAGUUGGGAGUACCCAUGCGGGGCACACGGCAGGCAAUCGCACCCUAUGGUUCAUUCAGGACAGCUGUGGUAUGGUGUGUGCAGCCAUGACCUGGUUCCUGGUGCUUUACGCUGAAUUUGUGGUAAACUUUGUCAUGCUGCUUCCCGCCAAGAACUUCUGGUACUCCCUGCUGAAUGGGGCCACCUUCAACUCCCUGGCUGUGCUCGCAUUGGCCUCACAUAUGCGCACUAUGUUGACUGACCCGGGGGCAGUUCCGAAGGGAAACGCAACCAAGGAGUAUAUGGAGAGCUUGCAGCUGAAGCCUGGUGAGGUCAUCUACAAGUGCCCAAAGUGCUGCAGUAUCAAGCCAGAGAGGGCACAUCAUUGCAGUAUUUGUAAAAGAUGCAUCCGGAAGAUGGAUCAUCACUGUCCCUGGGUCAAUAACUGUGUGGGAGAAAAGAAUCAGAGAUUCUUUGUUCUUUUCACUAUGUACAUAGCCAUGAUUUCGGCCCAUGCCCUGGGUCUCAGUGGAAUGCAUUUCUUCAGCUGUGUUAAAGUACAGUGGAAUGAGUGCAGUGAAUUCUCUCCAGGAGUGUCUGUGCUGCUCCUGAUCUUCCUUUGUCUCGAAGCCAUCCUUUUCCUCACCUUCACAGCUGUAAUGUUUGGUACGCAAAUCCACUCCAUCUGCAAUGAUGAGACGGAGAUUGAACGUCUUAAAAACGAGAAGCCCACGUGGGAGCGUCACGUGAGAUGGGACGGAAUGAAAGCUGUGUGCGGGGGUCCGCCCUCUUUGCUGUGGUGUAAUCCGUUCACGGGCCUGCGUCUGCGGCGCGUGUUGCUGUUGACCCAUGGUCGCCGCGGCGGAUCGGAGUUUGCUGUCUGAGCAUGUCAGUGAGUGAUCCAGCUCAUCAACACUUGGUUGCCUCCUAAGCAAGAUUUGUUGUACGCCCUCCAUGACUGUGGCUAAGAUAAACCUCUGCUCCCUGAGACUAUGGGGUGACGGGGAGACAGGCUGCCCCAGUGGAGCACCAGUGAACCAAUCAACCACCACUGAGGUUUCAUAUAUUCAGACUUACAUGCUGAUGUAGACCCAACACCUUUGGUCUACACGAAUAUGCUGAAGAACUGGGAUAUUGUUUUUUUUUUUUUAAUGGUUUGUUUGCGGUUUUAGGUAAAGCAUGUCGACCGUAAUGCAAGGGAGUGUUUUAUUCCUUGUGAGACCAUGCAAGGUGCUGUUUGAACUCAGAUUAUGCACCUUCAACACACAACUUCAUCCAUUUGGUUUUUUUUUUUCUACUACGCACAUGAGAUUUAAUACCAGUGUUUGAAUUUUUGAGAGCUCGGCAACAUAUCCUCCAUCAUCACUGGACCCAGACAAGUGAAUGGGAAAAGGCUUGAAACUAGCGCUGGAAUCAGUCGAUGGAAUUACAAUGAAGGAAACGCACUACUCUCAUGGCACUUGAGAAAUACUCUGGAUAUAAAGCAACACAGACAUCAGAAAUUGAACUGUGCUGCCUUGAUUUGCAUGUAUGACAGCUCAAUCAGUCUGCUCCUCUGCCAGAAAAUUAGACUUUUUCUUCAAAUGGAUGAACAGGCUACUGUGAACACAAGCCUCAUUCUUAUUCAAGAGGGCUGAGUGGUUUUUCCUAUCUGUUCAUCUCCUUUGUCACGGUGUUUUCUGCCUUGGGCUGAAAUUUCUCAGUUGCUGUUACUCAAGCCAGUAUAAAUGAAUCCCAUUUUUGACAACCUGCUGAAUAUUGUGUCAUUUUUAUCACUGUGACCACUCAUUAGUUGACAGAAAUGGGGAGAGAGUCAGAGUUUUGUAUUAUAUAUCAUGUGUGGUCAAUUUGCCAUUCCACCGCUCUUACAUGCUGCUCCACACCUCACUAUUUACAAGUGAUCGAUGACCCACACAACAAUUAUAAGCCUCCCAUUUUUGCCCACCCCCCUUUUUUUUAAUAACUAAAUGAUUCUGGUUUAACAACUUGGUUGCUAGGAAGACAGAAUCUUAUCACGUUUGAAUAACUUUACUCCUCUACAGUUCUCCUUUAUGUGAAAACUGAAGGCUACUUCUUUGUAUAGUAGGAAUCCAUAUGCAACAACAAUCUGAUUAAACUCCAUAGCAUUUAAACCCUGAAAAACAACCUUACAAACCUCCCAAGAACGAGCCAAAUCACAGGCACUGUGGCUUUGUAUGUUCCUUGGCCACUGAGAGGUGCAACAUUUACAAGAGAAUUUAAAAUACACGUAAAACCUCCUCCGGCUCGUGGUGAGCUCAUUCUGGUGUGCAUAGCCAAGCUCCAUUGUGCAGCUGGUUUGUAGAAUUAUAAAGGGACUGCUUUGCUGAAUGAGGCUGCAGCACCAGGGUAAUUAUACAGAGUUUAGCACUAAACAAAGUCUAUGGGCACCCAGCAGAUGCUUGUGAGGCCUUUCAGGACAGUAGCAUAUACUUUCCCGGUGUUACGAGUACACUCAUUCAAGCCUUCAAUAUCAUUUGGAUAAGUGAAUUUAUUAGCUUGACAGAUCAUAUCGUUAUUGCCAUAUUUCUGAAAGUGUUUUUCUUACUUUGUAACAAUAAUGUCUCCUGUUUUUCCCUCUGCAUUUGUCAGGGACCUGUUUGCACUGUGUGUGAAUGUGGCUUUUUGAAUGAGGAGUAUUACAUUUAAAGCCGAGCUCUGACUUAGGCUGACUUGUCAAUGUUUCAUUUUUAUGGUGUGUUGGACAAUAUACUACUGUUUGUUCUCACCUGUGGUUGUCAGGAGAAGAAAUUCUCUGCUGUUUACACUAAAUAAUGAUAUCUGACGCUCUAUGGCAAUGAUGCUUUUAGACGCAUGCUGUCAUUAGAAUGUAAAACUUCUCUAGUAAGUGACUAUGGGACACAUCACUGAAAGCUAAUUGAUGUCAUGGGUUUUUAAUCAUGUUGGUCUUUUAUUUUUCAUUUUGUUCCGUUAGAAACUCCAUGACUUCAGUAACUAUUAAAUUCUUUCAUUUGAGAAUAUGAAUUUCCUCUUCUUGUAAUGUGCUUUGUCUGUAUUCAGCCUGGUUCAUUUAGCAAGUCCCUCAACCUAACAUGCUUAGUGUACUUUGUGUAAUGUAUGAGUAGUCAAACACGUAAAAAGCAUAGGCAUAAGACCAAUUGUAUUAUACUGUAAGGCUUCUCAUAAAUCAGAACAAAUCAUACCAUUAUGUUUUGCACCAAUAUCUUAGUAAAUCAGGCAACAUCUGUUAUUUAUAAAAAAAAAAAAAAAAAAAAUA